UGAUCACAAAUAUUUCAUAUACACAUCUCUCAUUUCCCAAAUAACUCUUAUAUCAAUCCUCUCAUAAGUCAUAACAGAACACAAAAUGAUCAGCACAAAGAAACUUAUUAAGCUCGCAAGAAAGUGGAAAAGGAUAGCAGCUGCCAGCAGAAAGAGAAUCUCUUGGCCGCGACCAGUGGCCAAUGAGGGUCACUUUGUUGUCUACACAAGUGAUGGAAGCCGGUUUAUGAUCCCUUUGGUUUGUCUGAAGAGCGAGAUAUUCAUCGAGCUCCUCAAGAUAGCCGAGGAAGAAUUUGUUCUAUCAAGUUCAGGGCCAAUUACGCUACCUUGUGAUUCAAAUUUCAUGGAGUAUGCACUCUCUAUGAUUCAAAGAGGUGUAGCUGUCGACUUAGAGAAAGCCCUUGUCAUCACUUUAGGUAGCUGCAGACACUCAUCGUUGUCUCAAGAACACCGAGAACAAACUAAUCGACAAUUGUUUAUUUGUAGUUUCUAGAAAAUAAUACUCCAUAUAGUACAAUUUUGUAUAGGAAAUUAAUGUAAAUUGAGAAGAAAAUGUACCGAUUUUUCAAAGGUAUAAUUUUUAGUUACCAUCUUAGUAAUUUGGUGUAUUGAGCAAAUGAUCUAAAAUGCAAUCAUAACUUCUAAUAAGCUUCAUAUAUAUGCUCUAAUCAAAUCAUAAAAUAUAAAGGAGUCAUAUGGAAUGGUCAUUUUCCAUUUUCAAAAGUUAAGCGUUGAGAGCACAGUGCAAAAACAAGGCCACAUCACCGUAUCACUACCGUAUUGUAAAGGUUUAUGAGUUUAUCGCAACCGAAA